UUAAAAUGGUAAAGGUUAACAGAAGUAAUGCAGAGUAAUGUGAGGAAGGAGAAGAAGAAGCAGAGUCUAGAGGUCAGUAAUCUAAAACAGAUGGCUCCCACGCAAUGCGUCAUGACAGAAGACGCUACGUCCUGUGACGUAUGACUCAACCAGGAAGUAGCUGGGGAACAGCCGGUGAAAAUGGCAACGUUCACGCUAAUGUUCAUACGCCAUGGGGAGACGCAGUACAACAGAGACAAGCUCCUGCAAGGUCAGGGAGUGGACACGCCUCUGUCAGAAACAGGUGUGCAGCAGUGCGAAGCUGUGGGGCAAUACCUUAGAGACAUCAAGUUCUGCAAAGUGUUUGUUAGUAACCUGCAGCGAGCUGUGCAGACAGCGGAAAUAAUUUUGAGGAACAACACUCACCGUUCUGGUAUAGAAAUGAUUUUGGAGCCCUUACUCAGAGAACGGGGUUUUGGCGUGGCUGAAGGCCGUCACAAAGAGUAUCUGAGGAACAUGGCGAAAGCAGCUGGUCAGUCCUGCCGUGAUUUCACGCCGCCAGGAGGAGAAACUUUAGAUCAGGUGAAGCAGAGGUUCAAAAAUUUCCUCCAAGUUCUUUUUAAACAAAUGCUGGACGAUCAGGAGACGCCCGCAGACGUCGCCUCCGCCAACGACGGCCACCAGGGGGCGUCGGCCCACGUCUUGGUGGUGAGCCAUGGCGCGUACAUCCGGGUGGCCGUCAGGCACCUGCUGGAGGACUUGAGGUGCGUCCUGCCUGCGGGUGUGAAGAUGUCGCAGCUGCUGUUGCCGUGUCCCAACACGGGCGUCAGCCGCUUCGUUGUCACUCUGAGCCGGAGCGAGUCGGGUCCGCUGCUCUCUGCCGCCCGCUGCCUCUUCACCAACAGGAAGGAGCAUCUGGAAAACCUGGCGCCUCCUGAGUAGCAGAGAAGAAACGGAGAAGAUUGGAACUUCCUGAAACGAAAUCAAACUGUUCUCUCGAUAAUGGGCGUGUUUUAUUGAUUACCAAUGAUGGGAAAUAUUUUAAAAGUUGCAUCUGUAGGGAAAAGCACUGCAUUUAUAAACUUUUAUAAUUUAAUACCAAAGUUGAAUCUAUUUAUUUUGUCUUUGAGUUCAGAUGUUCUUCAUUCUACUUGCGCAACAAACUGAAGACCUGAAUCAUGGUAAAAUAUCCUGGGUAAAAGAUUGUAGAGACACUGUGCUACACUUUAUUUGUCAUAUAUGUGCCUGUUCGUUUGCUGUGGGGUGUUAAAUUAUUACUUUUGUUAAAUUUCAAAAUGUUUUAUAAGCUAAAUGAUUGAAACCUCGUUGUCUUGAAAACAAAACCACCAAGUUAAACUCAAACUGACAACUUUCAGCUCCGUUCAGACAUAAUCGCACAAAAAAAAAAUUAAGGAAUACCUCUUUAACAGAUUUAGGUUAUUAAUGAACGGAGAUGUUGACACUCCUGUUAAAAAUGUGCCGAAAGCCUUCAAAUAAAUAAAUCUUUUACUGCAGCAGCAUAAUCCUAACUGGGAGAAAGUGAAAAUUAAACCUUCAAUUUUUGUGCACUAACUAAUUAUUUUCUCUAAAGUCACAAAUUUUAGAUCUGUUUGUAUCUUUAGCAAUUCCUGUUAAAGAUGACUGACUCCUUCUUUUUAUUUCUAUUUAACAUUUUAAAUCAUCAGUUUUUAGGAUAUGUCAUCAAUAAUAGUAAUUAAUUGAUUAUGAAUUUAACAGAAUUUUUAAUCAAAUUUUUGUACUUCAGAAAACAAGAGAACAUGCCAUUUAAAUAAUGUUCUGUAGAACAUGGUUUCAGACAGGAACAAACAGAGUAAACAGUCUUGAGUUUGAUUCUUAUUUUAGUUUUGUCAGGAUGUUGAUCGGAUUCAGAGGUUGCAUCAGAUAUCACAGGUUGCCUUCUAAACUCUCCUGUUUACGCUUUGAAAUGCCUACAGAAGAGGGUUAGGGCCACUGAAAGAAAUAUUCUCACUUUUUAUUACAACUUUUUGUGCUGAAAUCCUUUUUUUUUUUUUUUUUUUUUGGUUGCCUGGUCGUUCAUAUUACCAGUUAACCCCCAAAUCGACCCGCAUGCACAAAAGAUCGAUUUUAAAGUUUAUUCUGCAAUUGGAGCCGAUAAUAUUGUCACAAGAUCAUAGCAACACGAAGAAAAAGCAAACACAACUAAUAGCAACGGCUUUUUGUGGAGCAUCGAUCACAACAUCAGGAAACAGUCAGAGGUCUCAGAAAAAACCCAGAAUUUUGAG